AUGGAUAAUUCAAAUGGAACAGUUGAACAUUUGAUAAAUCAUUCAGACGAUACUGAACUGCCUAAUGCACGCGUGCCUGACAUGAAACGCAUCAAGAAUGCACGCAAAGAACGUGCUAUUCAGUUGAAAGAAUGGCAAAUCUAUGAUAAGAAAAUGCAGAAAGAAUCGGAGAAGUUACAAAAGAAAGGAUUAUCUCCGUUGAAUGAUAGAGGGCAUUAUAAUUCUAGUCGUGCUGUAAAAUUCCCACAGACUUUAAUAUUUUUAGAAGCUGCAGCUAGAGGAGAUUUAGAUGAGGUUCACGAAUUACUCAGCAGUGGAAUGUGCCCAGAUGUAGCCAACGAAGAUGGAUUGACAGCCUUACACCAGUGUUGUAUAGACAACAAUUUGGAAAUGUGUAGACUCCUUCUCCGAUACGGUGCUAAUCCUAAUUCUCGUGACACGGAACGAUGGACUCCAUUGCACGCGGCUGCUACAUGCCAUCAUACGGAAAUGUGUAAACUUUUAAUUGACCACGGUGCAGAUCUUCUCGCUAUGAAUGUGGAUGGUAAUAUGCCUUAUGAGUGUUGUAUGCCUGGUCAAACCCUGAAUCUAAUUGAAAUGGAAAUGGAUAAAAGAGGUAUUACCCAAGAAGAAAUAGAUGACUGGCACAGAGUCCCAGAAUGUGAAAUGCUUACGGAUAUGGAAGCAUUAUAUAAAGCUGGUGCUGAUCUUGAUAUGUUAGAUCCACAAGGUGCAUCUAUGCUACAUAUUGCGGCUGCAAAUGGAUAUGAAGAAGUUACAUUAUUUCUUUUGAAACGAGGUGCGAAAAUCGAUUUAAUGGAUAGAGAUGGAUGGCAAGCAAUACACAUUGCAGCUUGUUGGUGUCAGCUAGAGGUAGUUGAACUGCUUGUAAAUUUUGGUGCAGAUAUAAUGGCUGAAACAAAAAGUGGCGAAACAGUAUUUGAUAUAUGCGAAGACCUAGAAAUGAAAUCGAGACUUCUUGAAAUAAAACAAGAGAUGGAGAGAAAAAAGUGCCAACAACAAGACUUACUUAAUCGACCUGGAAAACCUCGUGAGCUGGCUCGCAGACGUAGUAGUACAAAUCCCAGAAGUGCUUCUAUACGGCGAACAAGUAUGAGAGAAAAGAAAAUGAUUUCCUGGAAAGAAGCUAAACAAGAAGCUGAAAUGCGUGGUGUAGCCACAGCAACCGACGAUAAGGAUGCUCCAAAAGCAUUCAGUCCAGUACCUAACGGUUCUAUGGAUCAUAUUUUUGAAAAACCGUCACCCUCUUCAGAAUCCCAUGGGGCAACAAGUUCAAAAAACACCUAUGGUUCUAUACGUACUUCACAUCCCAGUCAUUCGUCAAAACCUCCAAAUUCACCUGUUUCAUCUCCUGUUUUAACACAACAUGGUACAGCUCGACCAGGCAAAGUGCAACAAAGUGAGACAAUCAUCACUAUCAAUGGUUCACCUCAGUCACCUAAUCUUCGCACGUCAUCUAGGAUGAAAGAAAGAGAGAUCAAUCAACCGAAACGAAACAAUCCACCGUCUUCCGCGUAUACUGAGUCUAGUCCAAUAGCUGUCCACAGUCCGUCGCCUGCCACUCACCACCGAACAGUUCAUGAUAAAGAGAGAAUUAUACGGAUCCCGUCAAACACCAUACAGAACACAGACAACUCGGGAACAUUGACACGAAAGUCUCAACAGGUAGAGUACGGUAGUAAAUCCCCACCAUCUGGCACACCUAAUAUGUCUCCACAUCAUACUUUAAGUCCUCAACCUCGCCACUCGAAAAGUCGAACGGUAUCCGGUAUUGAUCCUGGAGUUCCAGAUCAGCCUACGCCUCAACUAAAGUCUCGAAUGAACAGUUAUGAAAAUGCCCAAACAUCUCUUCCUCGUCGAGAUGGUAAUCAGGGUACUGAUUCAAAUAAUCAACCAUCUCGUGGGGAGAGAAGAUCGUCUACACGGAAGAGAAAAUCUUUGUCCUCUGAACAAAAACCAUCAAGAAAUGAAAAUAGAGAAACUGAUGUUUCUAUACAUAAUGCAUAUUAUGCAUUACCAGCAUCGAAUAACCAGUUUCAGAAUAAUCAUCCACGUGGUGAAGAUCUCAAUGAUAACCAAAAUAUUAUACUUCGCUCGCCUAAUAUUAAUCGUAAUGAUUUCCGAUUGUCGAAUCGAGGAAGGGUUAGUUCGGGUCAACAAAAUACAUCAGGACAGGUUGUACAUGCCACAGCAACUAUACCGAGAAGAGAAUUGAUCAAUUAUGGUGAUGAUUUAGGUUCUAGGCCAAGUGGGAAAUGCUGUUUAAUAAUGUGA